AUGGCGAGCACAGGUGUUAGGCAACUGCGGCAGCACGUACCCCUCAUCAAGUUUCCGCAGCGACACGGCGCCGCCGUUCAAUCGCUUCAGGAUGCGGCCCUGCCCUCUCGCCACACCGGCGGGGUGGAGUCCACGCCCCUGACCGCGCCCCCAAAAACCACCACCAUGCAGACGUCGCCCAAUCUGCCAACGCCGGCCAAGUUCGACAUCAAGUCCCGGGGUCCCGUCACGCAUCACGAGAGCAUGGACGAACUGCCCGCCCGCUACCGCCGGGCGCUGCUCUCCGAGGAGGCCAUCGAUCUCAUCCAGAUGGGUGGUGCCGUGGAUCAUUAA